CUUUGUGGACACUUUGCAUCAUCCGAAUAGCUUUCAAAACGCGAAAAAAAGGUUUCCGUGCGUUUUGUUUAUAAUUUAUAAUAUACAGUGGUGUGGGCUAUGGUGGGAGUGUGAUAUGUCUUCUGAAAUGAGAGCAUGCCGGUGAAGCGUCGGUCCAAGCGCGAGAGUGUACUGGAGUUCCGCUCCGUAGAACGAGGGGCGGGGAUGGAAUAUUCAUAUGAGCGCGAGUGACGGCGGCUGUUUUCCAAUGCACGCAGAAGCUCGCGACUCCUCCGCAGCUCCGCACCUACAGUCCAAACCAGCGGGCGCACCGGGACCUGCCGCCUCCAUGCGGGUGCUCUGCUGAUCUCGCGCUUCCGUUCAGUUGGUUUAUUUUCAUGCCAUUAUUUAAACGGCGCUGCUUUCCUAAAUGCGUUGAUUCUUAGUGCUCGGACUCACUUUCCUUCUUUUUUGUCUCUUUUUCUCCCCUUUUUUGGAGAGGAGAAAAGACUCGCGAACAUGUCCUAUCCUCAGGGUUACCUCUAUCAGCCUCCGGGUUCGCUGGCUCUCUACUCCUGCCCUACGGGAUACGGUGCUUCAGCUUUGGCCGCCCCUAGGAGCGAAGAGCUGGCUCGGUCUUCCUCGGGCUCAGCAUUCAGCCCUUAUGCCGGCUCGGCCGCUUUCUCUGCCUCAGCCAGCGGCUUCUCCAGCCCGCUGUCCUACCCCACCGACCCAGCCACGGGGCUUCCGUCGUACAUGGGCUCACCAUAUGACACGCAUGCGACAGGCAUGGCGGGAGCGUUAAGCUAUCAUCCGUAUGGUACCCCCGGUUAUCCCUACCAGCUAAAUGAUCCGGCCUAUCGCAAGAAUGCCACGCGGGACGCAACGGCAACGCUGAAGGCCUGGCUACAGGAGCACCGGAAGAACCCGUAUCCCACCAAAGGCGAGAAAAUCAUGUUGGCCAUAAUCACCAAGAUGACCCUCACGCAGGUGUCCACCUGGUUCGCCAACGCCAGGAGGAGGCUGAAGAAGGAGAACAAGAUGACGUGGGCCCCGCGGAAUAAAAGCGAGGACGAGGAUGAGGAUGAUCCCGACGGGGAGAGGAAGGAUGAGCGCACAGAGAAGAACCCUGACAACAGUGAAACCUCUGCCGAGGAUGAAGGUAUCAGUCUGCACGUGGACACCCUAACUGACCACUCGUGCUCAGCGGACUCAGACGUGGAGAAGGCCGGCAGCAGGAUGGGAGACCUGGGCUGCGAGUCCGGAUCAGACACUAAAGACAAAUACGGGGACAACAUGCGCGUCACCGCCGGCGAAGAACGACGCCGAGGUCUGUCGCCCAAGCCCGUGACCCCCUCUCCGCUGACUGGCGCAGAGUCCCCUCUUUUAAACCUGCACCACCGGGAGGACCCCAGAAAUAACAGCAACAAGAGCUGCAUGGACAGCCGCGUCACGUCAGAGCAACACAACCCGUCUGCCAAACCCAAACUCUGGUCGCUUGCGGAAAUUGCAACUUCGGACCCGAAGCAACAGGUGGGACAGAGCGCGCACCCGACCUCCGGCCUGCUGACCUCCAGCGCCUCGUGCGCGUCCCCGGGCAGCGCGCUCUAUUCCGCCUCAUCUCUCCUCGGGCGGCCUAUUUAUUACACCUCUGCCUUCUACAGUAACUACUCAAACUACGGCAACUUUGGAGCUCUGCAGGGACAAGGUAUCUUACGCUACAACUCCUCCGGCGUGCCGACAGACGGACUUGCGCAGUCUGUCCUGAACGCCAACGCUCUCCAGAAGCAGUGUGGAGACCCGCUCCUAAAAAACAAUCCAAACCACACCGAGCAACACUUCAAAUCCUCACACGUAGAUCCCAAGAAAGGUACGUAAAGGAAAGCCCAGCUUCUCUUUGUCACCUGCUCAGUUAUUGCGGUGUCGUUGGGGAAAUCUUUUUGUUUUAACCGGAGCUGUCUGUAUUUGCAUUUGCACUCGUCAGAAGUAUCUACACACGUUUGACUCGGUUUGCGCAAUGUGUCAGACCUAUGGAAGAGACCCCAUGAAAGACCGCCACUAUAUGCAGAUGCACCAUCUGCGUGGCAGAGUGUGUGUGUCCAUCUAAGGAAGCCACGGCUAUGACUGGGACUAAAGUGUAAAUGUGACGGUCGUGUUUUCAGUUGACCCCACGGCUGUGCACAGUCGGACCUCACUCCUUGAGAGGGGGAAGUUCAAGGGUGUUGUAUCUGCUUGUAGGUGACAUGGGCUCUGACUGUAGACAAAAAUAGUGUAUGUAACAAUUAUAUAUGCUACUGAUAUUAUCUAUGCAAUUAUUAUUUGACAAACCUCGUAGUAUAUGGGAUGUUUUAAGAGUUUUAUUUAUUUGUUUUCCUUUGUGCGCUUAACUAUGUACGGCUGAAGAGCUAGAGGGCCUAAAGGCGUAUAGUGCUCCCACUUAAUGCACAUCUCUGGGUAGGUCUUGUCCUGAACAUUUCUGUGCAGUCCCCCCCCCCCCCCCCCUCUCUCUCUGCUGCAAGCACGGGCUGACGUGAUUUUAUUUCCUUGGUCUACAGGUAGGUGUCACACUUGCUUUGAAUAAGGCGCCUAAACACACGUCUAUAUAUAUAUAUAUAUAUAUAUAUAUAUA